AUGGAGGGGACCUCUAAGACGCCCCUGCAGCCGCUGUUGCUGCUGCUGCUGCAGCUGAGGCAAGACGUGGGGACGGACCCCAGAGAUGAUCGCCGCGAGCUCUUCGUCAACACCGUGUGCAACGGAAGCAGCAAAAGGGACGAACAGCUGCUCCAACUGCUGCAUCAGCAGCAACAGCAGCCGCCACAGCAGCAGCAGCAGCAGCAGCUGCAGCGGGGCCUGGCGCCAGGCCUGCACCUGCCGCCUUCUCCUCCCCGCAGCAACACUCCUUCUCGCAGCCACAGGCUCAGCAGCAGCUGCUGCAGCAACAGAAGCACGCCACCCGCAGCAGCAGCUGCAGCAGCAGCAGCAGCAGCAGCAGCAGCGUCAACAUCCAUAGCUCUACAUACCCACCAAAGGCAACAGAACAUUUAA